UCUGUUCAAACUGAAAUGGAGAUAGAAGAGGCAGCAACAAAUACUACUAGUACUGAUCUCGAGAAGGGAGUGGCAUUAUCAAGUACUUGUGAUGAUGAUCAAGGCCCGAGGAUGUACUUGGUGUGGGAAGAUCUGACGGUGGUGAUUCCUAGUUUUGGCAAGGGACCCACGAGGAGGUUGAUCAAUGGAGUUCGGGGAGUUGCUGAGCCUUGUAGGAUCAUGGCUAUUAUGGGUCCUUCUGGCUCUGGCAAGUCCACCCUUCUUGACUCCUUAUCAGGUCGAGUCUCAGGAAAUGCUAUCAUGACAGGAAAUGUUCUCCUUAAUGGAAGCAAGAGGAGGCUCCCCUGUGGUGUUGCUGCUUAUGUAACCCAAGAGGAUGCACUCAUGGGAACCCUAACAGUCAAAGAAACAAUUACAUACUCAGCCCAUUUGAGGCUCCCAACAACCCUAACAAAAGAUGAUCUCAAUGGAGUAAUAGAAGGAACAAUAAUGGAAAUGGGCCUUCAAGAGUGUAGUGAUCAUGUUAUAGGAAACUGGCAUUUGAGAGGCAUAAGCGGUGGGGAGAAGAAGAGACUCAGCAUUGCACUAGAACUCCUCACUCGGCCCCGGCUCAUCUUCCUUGACGAACCCACCACCGGCCUGGACAGCGCCUCAGCUUUCUUUGUCACUCAGGUCCUAAGAAACGUCUCGCGUGAUGGCAGGACUGUUGUCUGCUCAAUUCACCAACCAAACAGUGAGGUUUUUGCGCUGUUUGAUGACCUUUUCCUGAUAUCUGGAGGUGAGACUGUUUACUUUGGAGAAGCAAAGAUGGCUGUGGAGUUCUUUGCUGAAGUGGGUUUUCCAUGCCCUGGUAGAAGAAACCCCUCGGAUCACUUCCUUCAGUGUAUAAACUCAGAUUUCGACAAUGUCACAGCCUCUCUCAUGGAGUCUCAUAUGCUAGAUACACAAAAAUCAUCAACUUUGAUGAAUAUGACAACAGCAGAGAUAAAAAACAAGCUGGUUGAGAAAUACAAGUACUCAAAAUAUGCAAAAAGAGCUAAAGCAAGGAUUCAAGAAAUCUCAAUCAUGAAAGGACUUGCGGUGGCGACAAAAACAGGUAGCCAAGCAACAUGGUGCAAGCAACUUUUGAUGUUAACAAGAAGAUCAUUUCUGAACAUGUCAAGGGACAUCGGGUAUUACUGGCUGAGGCUAAUCACAUAUACAGCUGUAUCUAUCUGCGUUGGUACCAUCUUCUUUGACGUUGGCACCAGCUACUCAUCUAUUCUGGCACGUGGAGCUUGCGGUGGAUUCAUAUCAGGAUACAUGAUAAUCAUGUCCAUUGGAGGAUUCCCUUCCUUCAUCGAAGAAAUGAAGAUCUUCUACAAGGAGAGGCUCAACGGGCAUUAUGGAGUUGGCGUAUUUAUUCUUUCAAACUUCCUCUCUUCGUUUCCAUUCUUGGCUAUGAUGUCGCUAAGUACAGUAACCAUUACGUAUUACAUGGUGAAACUUCAUCCCGGCUUCUUGCACUAUAUCUACACCUACCUUGACCUUCUAAGCUCCAUAGCUGUCAUAGAGAGCUGCAUGAUGGUUGUCGCUUCACUUGUUCCCAACUUCCUAAUGGGACUCAUUACCGGAGCUGGAAUCAUUGGAGUUAUGAUGAUGACGGCCGGAUUUUUCCGAUUCUUUCCCGAUCUUCCAAAGCUAUUUUGGCGCUACCCAAUGUCAUAUAUCAACUAUAUGGCAUGGGCAUUAGAGGGAGAAUACAAGAACGACAUGAUUGGGCUCGAGUUUGAUCCUUUACAGCCAGGAGAUCCGAAACUGAAGGGCAAGGUUAUCAUCAACACUGUACUAGGUGUUUCGCUGGACCAUUCCAAGUGGUGGGACUUAGCUGUUGUUGUAAUUAUUCUUAUAGUUUACAGACUCCUCUUCUUCACCAUUCUCAAGUUCAAGGAAAGAGCUUCACCGCUGUUUCGUAAGCUUUAUACAAAGAGAACUGUGCAUUAUCUCAGCAAGAGGCCUUCUUUUAGGAAGACACCACCUUUUCCCUCACAGAGGCACCAAGUUAUGCACUCGUUAUCUUCUCAAGAGGGACUUAACUCUCCAAUCCAUUAAAAGUAGCACUAGCUUUUCUUUACUAUCAAACAAUAAAAGAUGUUACUAGAUUUUUAGCGGUACUGUAUACUGUAAAUUAUUUAGUAGGAUUAUGUUACUAAUACAAUUGUACUUGGAAUUUAAUGGUAUCAAGGGAUUAUGUGAGCUUAUUUUCAUAACAUAUUGCGAACAAAUGAAAGAUGAGCAUGAGGUCACACGCAUAUAUUAUACCCUUACAUCCUGUGGCAGUACUUGUGCAACAGUAAAACUGAGUAUACAAAAUGUGAUGGCUAUCAAAAGGCCAAUAAUUGGUGAAACAUUAAAAGUUCAGGCAAUGAAUUGGGAGUAUGUGGAUUCAUGUACGACAAUUGCUACCAACCAACACAACCAUAAAACAUUAAUGAGAUACAAUCAAAAUUAGGACCAUCUUCAACAUUCUUUCAAAGCUGGCUAGGACGACUCUACGAAUUACGUGCAAAUGCAGCAUUACCCAUGAUAACUCAAGGAUGUGUGGAAAAAGGAAAAACAGAGUUGAUGAUGGAUCUCUACUACACAAUAUUAGGCAUACAAUACACUUUUCCACAUCUUAACCAAGAAAUCCACUUAAUGCAUAGCAAAUGUGUAACCACAAUAAAAAGACAAGCAUUAUCAGACAUGUUUCUACAUGGAUUAAAAUCAACCAACCUGAACAUUUUUUUUGCUUAAUGGGCCAUAUCUGCAGCUUCCUUAACUUCAUUACCGUGCUCCUCCAGCAUAGGGUGCAUUUUGACAGAAGCCCAUGGAUUACCUGCAACCGGGAAUAAAGUUAAGGCUAUAAAAGAAAUGGCCACCACCAAAGAGAGAAACCUCAUUUCAAUAAAUUAACAAAACCAGGCAACAAGGAAAGGGAAACAAUUUAUGGGGCUUGGAUUUUAGGGCACCCGCUUUGUGAUGAGAAGUUCACCUUUCCUCUUCUUAGGGAACCAUGUUUAUCAAAAUUGAUCACAAAGGACAAUAACAGCCAUAACAUCUCCCUCCAUCAUCUUAACCAAAUAGUAAGAUCAUAAGCAUGGACAGUUGGACACUGUUGCAUGCACAAAGAAAAUAGCAUCAAAUCAUGUAAUAUGGAGAACAUGUUCAUGAAAUUAGAGAUUCUAUCAAAUAACAUAUAACUACCAUUUAACAGUACAUAAAACUAGUCGCAACAGCACAAAAAAAUACUAGUGCUUCUCUUAAGUAUUGAGAAAGAAAUGUUAAUUCUCUUGGUCAAAUUCCUUGAAACAGAUAACAGGAAAUAUCACACCUGAACAGGAAAACUCAAUGGCGGAAAAGGGGAUAAUGGGGAUUCAAAUGAGCUAAAUAUAAUAAAAUCAGUGCCAAUCGACUCAAAGAAACAUCAAGAUUAAAGUACAAGAAAAUACAUCAAAACGUCUACAUAAGUGGGUUUACUACAUUAACCUUAAGACAAAAUUAUCAGUUGAGCUAAUGCAACAUCAUUCUAGACAUGCCAAUCCACUAAAGCCGUUCUACUCAUUCACAGGAAAAUUGCAGUUACAACUUACAACACUCGACUGUUCCUUUGUCAGAAAUAAAUUCCAAAGAUUACAACAGAAAUCAAACAUGAAUCCAUCCCCGACUUCUGCUAUGUUCCGAACUUAUCAAAA